AUGGAACCCAACCGAGAACAUUUUUGCGCAAUAAUUUAUCACAACUUUCAGAGACAAUUAUCGCAACAAGAAUGCCUUGCUGAGUUACUGUCUGUUUUCGGCAACGAAGCGCCACAUCAGUCGACAAUUUCCCGUUGGUAUGGAGAAUUCAAACGUGGACGGGUGAGUCUUAGCGACGAUUCCAGGGUGGGUGCACCAACAACGGCAGUCACCCAGCGAAACGUCGAUGCUGUGCGCAAACUCAUCAUUGAAGAUAGACAUGUGACAUAUCGGGAGAUUGAGGCGUCCUUGAAGAUCUCAAAGACCUCAAUUCAAAAAAUUUUACAUGAAGAAUUAGGAGUAAGAAAAUUAGUUUCUCGUUGGAUACCCCACUUGUUGACUGAAGAGCAGACAGCAGCCAGGGUUAAUUGGUGUCAAAAAACGCUUGACCGUUUCAAUUCUAGAAACUCGAAAAAUGUGUACAGCAUUGUUAGUGGUGAUGAAUCGUGGAUUUACUGUGAAGAAAAGCCAACAAAAGUCAUCAGUUCUCGAAGUUUUUCGAAAAAGAUGGUCGCGACAUUUGUGUCAAAAGCGGGUCAUAUUGCAACAAUUUCCCUUAAUGAGCAAAGAACUGUUACUGCGGAUGGGUAUACCAUCAUUUGUUUGCCAAAAGUCAUCACCGAGCUUCGAAAAAUCAACCCCGAAAGAAGAAUCAUCCUCCACCAAGACAAUGCAAGCUCGCACACAGCCCAAAAAACAAGGCAGUACUUAACGGAAGAAAACGUGGAACUAUUGGACCAUCCUCCAUAUAGUCCCGAACUAAGUCCUAACGAUUUCUUUACUUUCCCGAAAAUUAAAAACAGACUGCGUGGUCAAUGGUUCCAGUCACCAGGAGAAGCAGUUGACGCAUUCAAAAAUGCUUGCUUCGAAAAUUGGUUCGAGCGCAUGCAGAUGUGUAUUAAUCUUCGUGGAGAAUACUUCGAAAAACAAUAA